UCACCUGUGAACACUAGUAAAGUAGAAGAAAGGUUGUAAAGGUUUACACGAGAUACAUAUACUUUCAACUGCUUUUAUUGAUAAUAUCAUCCAACUACCUUUUAUGACCUUUUCUUCAUUUUUCUCAAGAUCUUCGCUUCUCUUUUUUCUCCAUUGACAGUCUGUUGCUCGAAUGAAACUGCUUCUUAUAUGGAUGAAGCGAGGGAAGAAGCUAUGAAUAUAACCUGUCCUCGGAGGCUGGACUUCAAUCUGCCACUCUUAUCAACUCGGCGGCUUGGUGGUUUCCCUGGUACAAAUUCUCGAAUUGCUUUCCGGGAUACGAAUAAUGGUAUUCCAUUUUGCUGGGAACAAGCUCCUGGAAAGCCGAAGAACACUGAAACAAAUGAUACUCCCAACGGAGAUGGAGACACUCCUCGUCCAAGACUCCCACCAUGCAGAUGGCAGCCACAGAAGAAGGCAAGUGCAAGCGUAAAUUCUAUCAACAUUCAUGAUCAAGAUGAUGGUUGUGAUGCUGAUGUUGAUGACAAUGACUAUGAUGACAACAAUUUUGAUGAUGAUGAUGAUGAUGUGUUUUCAGAGGCUGUAGACAUUUUAUCCUUGACAGAAGCCAUAGACAUUGUCCAGAAAGCUGAAGAUGAUAACAGAUUGGAUAGGCUAAAUUUAGAGAGCGUAGAAUCUAGAGGCAGCCAGUCUCCGAAUUUCAUGAUGGAGCGGUUUCUUCCUGAUGCUACCGCGUUGGCUGCAUCAUCUGUAUUAUACGCGUCGUCGAAGAAUUUGAACAAGAAGCUUCCUUAUUUUUGCAGCAGUUAUGCAGAAGAGUAUAAUUCACAAAUAGUUGGGGGAUCAUAUUCUUCAGAGACCUCUCAUAAAGGUUGUGGCCUAGAAAUUUUUUUCCCUUGGCGCAUGAAACAUAAGCUAUGUGGUGUAAAGAGCCCUGUAAGGCAAGUCUCACCUAAUGUGCAGCCCAUAUGGACUGCAAAACAAAAGAAACAUUGUUCAACUAAUAGACAGUUCAGUGAUUUAAAGAAAUAUAUUUAGUUCGUAGAUUAUAGUUUUAAAAUUUCUCAUCAAAA